CCGUAUUAAAAAGUUUUCCUGUAGAUUGUGAAGCCGUUGACUGUCUUUUUAGGAUAAAGUUUUGCAUGGAGGCGGGGGAAUUAAUUGAAAACUUAAUUUCCAAGAUAACAAAGGGAACAUAGACAUCAUCCUGCGUUUCCUUGUGCAGCUGUGCCUAUGCUAGUUUUGCGGCUUGGCGUGCUCGCUAUUGUUCAUUGCACGUAUGCCUAUGAACAUAUUCGCACACUCGUACUCUUAACAUCAAUAGAAACGCCAUUCAGCCAUAUUAAAAAAAAAUACAUUUUGAAAUUUGUAAUCAUUUGUUACUAUCAUAGUUCUUUUAUUCUUCAAAAAAUGAGUCGUGGUUUGCAUUAAAUACUUCACUAGUGGGAUUGUACUGACAUCGAAAAUUCGUUGUUAAAUUCACAAUACUUUACUAUAUACUUAGGUAAAAUAUAGUAACAUUUUACACUAUUCUUCAAAAUAUUUCAAAAUGGUACAAAAGAAUAUUAAUAGAUUAUUUUAGUUACAGUUUGAAAGUAAGCGAUCUUCCAAAAUAAAUUCAAUCCAAUAAACCGGCAUGUUAAUAAUGUAUAUCGAGUUUUAAAUUUCAUUUUAUGGGAGCAUUCACAAGCGAAUCCACAUCUGAAAUAUUUACAUUCGGUGCAAACAAAUUCAAUAACGAAGGUCGUCUUUAUCCAGUUUCCUAUUUACCACGAUUAUUUUCAAAGCCAAGCUCUUCGUACUAAGCAUUUCAACAUCUAUGCCAUAUGUAAAAACUAAUGCAAAAUACUUCUCCAAGAAAUAUAUAAACAUUCAUUGUAAGCCAGCUGUUUGAAAAUUUUUAAGCGAAAUCCAGAUUUCAGUCCAAAUUUGAAUCUUGAGUUAUGGAAAAAUUCUCAACACUCCAUUAGAGUAGAUAGCUAUGAUUUUUAUAAAAAAAAUAUAAAUAAUAUACAUAGUGUUUGGAUUCCUCUUCAAAUAAUUCUUUGUAUUAAAAGAACGGUUAAAAGAAAAUACUUCAGUCAAACCUGAAGCGCCCAAUAAUUUAUUCAUAAUUUAUAUAUAUUUGUAUACUCAGACAUGAAUGAUACCUAAAAACAGCAAGUACUGUAUUAUUUCGCACAUACAAGGCCAUGAUAAAAUUACUAUUCUAAUAUUUCGGCAAUCGAUUUUUAACGAAGUUGGUUGAAGUGUAUUAAAAUUGCUUAGAUAAUUUCAUAAACAGUGCUGGCAAUUUUUGUCUCUGUGAUCGCAACAACUGACAGUAUCAGUGUGGCAAAAAAAAAAUAAACCAAUUUGAACUUAAAAUAAGUAAACAAAUGUAUAUGAUGGACGAGUCUCAACCAAAAACGUUGUACGUUGGCAACUUAGACGGUUCAGUUUCAGAAGAUUUACUAAUCGCAUUAUUCAGUCAAAUGGGUCCCGUCAAAAACUGCAAAAUAAUAAGAGAACCCGGCAAUGAUCCAUAUGCAUUCAUUGAAUACUCAACUUAUCAGGCGGCAACUACUGCACUAACUGCAAUGAAUAAGCGUUUAUUUCUUGAUAAAGAAAUAAAGGUGAACUGGGCUACUAGUCCUGGGAACCAGCCAAAAACAGAUAUUAGUUCACAUCAUCAUAUAUUUGUUGGUGAUCUCAGUCCAGAAAUCGAAACAGAGACAUUACGUGAAGCUUUUGCGCCUUUUGGCGAAAUAUCGAAUUGCCGAAUCGUAAGAGAUCCCCAAACAAUGAAGUCGAAAGGGUACGCUUUUGUUUCAUUUGUAAAGAAAGCAGAGGCGGAAAAUGCGAUACAAGCAAUGAAUGGUCAAUGGAUUGGCUCGCGAUCGAUUCGAACAAAUUGGUCAACACGAAAAUUGGCCCCACCUCGUGAAUCUACCAAAUCUGGUAGUGGAAUGGGCAUGAAGGGAAAUGUAAGACAUACCUUUGAGGAGGUAUACAAUCAAUCGAGUCCAACCAAUACCACCGUUUAUUGUGGAGGUUUUCCACCUAAUGUAAUUAGUGACGAAGUUAUGCACAAGCAUUUCAUUCAGUUCGGACCUAUACAGGAUGUGCGCGUUUUCAAAGAUAAAGGCUACGCUUUUAUCAAGUUUGUUACAAAAGAAUCAGCCGCACGCGCAAUCGAGCACACUCACAAUUCGGAAGUGCACGGUAAUCAAGUCAAAUGCUUUUGGGGCAAAGAAAACGGUGGCGAACACUCAAUGAACAAUGUGGCGGCAGCGUCCGCGGGCGUAGCAGCUGCGGCAGCAGCAGCGGCCGCUGCCGCCGGCACCAUUAUAUCGCCUGGAGUACCGACCACACCACAACAAGCAGCAGCGGCCGCUGUCGUAGCUAACGCUGCUGCGGCUGGUGCAGGAAUACCUGCACAAAUGAUGACACAACAGCAGCUAGCUGCCGCUGCACAGUAUCCAUAUGCAGCAGCCUACCAACAAAUGGGUUAUUGGUACCCACCUACAUUGUUUACACCGUUACAGGGCUAUCCGGCCGCUCAAAUGCAAACGCAAUAUAUGCAACAAGGAUACUAUCCAUAUGCCUAUGCUAGUGCUCAACAACCCGGAGCUGCGGGUUACCGCAUGGUACAACAGAAUGUGGCAUGGGGUGUACCAGGCACAGUUGUGCCGAGCGUAACAGCAGCGGCUGCCACAGCUGCAGCUGCAGCAAAUGGCUCACUGGCUCCGCAAAUGAUGUAUAGCGCUGCCAUGCCUCAGUACCAGGGCCAAUGAACCUGAUAUGCCCGUCAUAGUUGUUGCAGCAAGUGGGUGAUACGGAAGAUUAAUAUAUUAAAAGGCAUUAAAAGCAAAACACCAAACGAAUAAAACAAACCGAAAAGAAAUACAAAAAUAUAACGAGAGCUCAAGUUGUGAAUUAGAGUAUCUACCUACUUAUCUUCCCACUUGGUGCUGUAAUCAUGGUCAGCAUUAUUGUCAUAAAACCUCUACAUACAAAGCUACCUACCAGCAACAACUGUAAAAUUCGCAAAGCAACUAACGUGACGCUAAACUCAACCACAGGAUCAUAGCCAUUUUUGUCUUUAAUAUUGGAUUGACUGCGAAAAAAUUAAACACAACUAAAAUGAAUAGGAUUAAUUAGGAAUGUAAAGAUGACACACGGGGAAAACUUCUGCAGCAGAAAUGUUAAGUAUUGGACGCAGGGAAUUGUUCUUGCUAUCGUGCAAAAUAAAUAAGUUUCUUAUAACGAAAAAAAAAACCAUCAACAUACAACGUAAACUUCAAAGCUUGUAAUAUUCGCUAUAAUCUCGAAAACAUAAAAGAAACAACACAAACAAAGAUGAUAAAGAGAAGUUAGAAAUUAGGUCGUUGUUAAAUAGAUUAUAUUUAAAAUAAAGAGAACUUAAUUAUAUAA